UGCCGUAGUCCCAGAGAGUAAACAGGAAGUAGAAUUCAAUGGUCAGGUGAAAAACACCGAGGACUCAGAAGGGAUUCACUCCCGCGGUAACUUGCGCUUUCCAGGGAGUCUACCCUCUGUUUCUAUUUUUGGCACUCCCGCGCGCGUGCCUACUUCAGUGAAGGUAUUUUGCCCUGAGCCCGCUCUCACCUCUUUAUACAGUGUCCCCUGAACCAUGGCCGAAUACUCCUAUGUGAAGUCCACCAAACUCGUGCUCAAGGGAACCAAGGCUAAGAGUAAGAAGAAAAAGAGCAAAGAGAAGAAGAGAAAAAGAGAAGAAGAUGAAGAAACUCAGCUUGAUAUUGUUGGAAUCUGGUGGACAGUAACAAACUUUGGUGAAAUUUCAGGAACCAUAGCAAUUGAAAUGGAUAAAGGAACCUAUAUACACGCACUUGACAAUGGACUUUUUACACUGGGAGCUCCACAUAAAGAAGUUGAUGAGGGCCCUAGUCCUCCAGAGCAGUUUACAGCUGUCAAAUUGUCUGAUUCCAGAAUUGCCCUGAAAUCUGGCUAUGGAAAAUACCUUGGUAUUAAUUCAGACGGACUUGUUGUGGGGCGUUCGGAUGCAAUUGGACCAAGAGAACAAUGGGAACCAGUCUUUCAAGAUGGGAAAAUGGCCCUAUUGGCCUCAAAUAGCUGUUUUAUUAGAUGCAACGAAGCAGGUGAUAUAGAAGCGAAAAGUAAAACAGCAGGAGAAGAAGAAAUGAUAAAGAUUAGAUCCUGUGCUGAAAGAGAAACUAAGAAAAAAGAUGAUAUUCCAGAAGAAGACAAAGGAAAUGUUAAACAGUGUGAAAUCAAUUAUGUAAAGAAAUUUCAGAGCUUCCAAGACCACAAACUUAAAAUAAGUAAAGAAGACAGUAAAAUUCUCAAAAAGGCCCGGAAGGAUGGAUUUUUACAUGAAACACUUCUGGAUAGGGUGAUGAUCUUUCUCCUCACCUUCCAGGUGAAAAUGUCUAAGAAAUAUACAAAGGCAUUAAAUGGAGAUCAAUAUGAGCUUUAUUGCUGAGUAAACUGGAAUAGAGAAAACCCUUGGACCUAAGGCCGAGAUGGGAUCCCAAGUCUUUCCGUUCAGGAAUGUAUUUAUGCACUCGGUCCCUGAACAGAUGCAAACUGCUUCCCCAGUGGGUGCAGCCAGUUUCUACCAUGAGGGGUGUAGACUGAAGGCAGCAAGAGGCUGGGCUGGGGGUAGCAGACACAAGGACUUGCAAAAGGCUCCAGUCCUUGACUACCUUCUCUCCACAUCUCGCACCGCCAGCCCUUCAUGAUGCUUCCUUCAGAGUCUUCACAGCAAUCAUGUUAACACAGUAUUUUUCACCUUUGCUGGACAAGUUCCAGUUCUGAAAGAUGUGGUUAAAGGCAGCAACUAAUUCCCCUCUACUCUUGUCCCCUGGGGCUUGCUGCAGUGAACGUACCGCUAUGGGCAAGCAGAUCCGAAUGAGAGAGCCGGAGAGGCCAGGCCACAUGUGCGCAGUGACCCUUCCAGCUCUUUACCCACUAGGUAAGCCACUCCUCUCUUAGGAAGAUGUGCAUGGAAGGAAUUAGAGGGAAAGGUGGACAUUUUCUCCCCAAAACAUCUGAUGGUACAUCCAGGUGUUGUGAAGCCAGAGGUUAUACAAUUUGGAUAGUCCUUUUUAAGGAAAAGAAUAUAAAAUUACAAGUGUGAAAAUAAGUCAAAAGUCUGGAAGAGGACUGAACAAGUGAGUGAAGAAGGUCUUAAAACUUAAGCAUUAUAUAGCUUUUACAAUAAAUCCUCCGCUCUUCAGAAGGUAGCAAUACCUAUUUUAACAUGUGCAUCCAUUAGGAUGCUCUCAGAUACAAACUCGCAAGCAAACCAACCUGAAGUAGCUUAAAUAAUAAAGAAGAGUAGCGGCUCACAUGAAUGAAG